AUGGAGGAGAAUUUUUGGCAAGAAAAAUCCAAAGUUAAAUGGCACACUGAUGGAGAUAGAAACACCUCCUAUUUCCACAAGAUGACUAAGAUAAGGCACUACACCAAACUAAUCAGCUCUAUUCAGCAAGACGAGGAGGUAUACACUGAGCCUGAAAACAUAUCACGUAUUUUCACCAAUCACUUUGAGCAAUUGUUUACCACAAACAAUGCCUGUGUUAAUAAUUGUCUUGUGGAUGAGGCCAUUCCUAAUUUAAUAUUCGAUCAAGCUAAUGCUACCCUUACCAUUUUUCCUAGUAAUAAUGAAAUCAAAAAUGCGGUUUUUGACCUAAGCAAUGAUAGCCCCUUAGUCCCAACGGAUUUGGAGGCUUUUUAUUUCAACACUAUUGGGAAAUUAUCAAGAUUGAUGCGAUAA